AUGGUCGCCAAGACUUCUAUCCUUCUUGCUUUUGCCACGGCCGCGCUUGCUGCGCCUCAAUUCUUCAAAUACGAAAAUGAAGAAGUCCUUGUUUCUGUGAAAGUCCCAGAGGAAGAAACCAAGCCGUCUACUCAGGCUGCCGUUGUGAUCAACGUCAUGUCAGGUUCUGAUGAUCCAGCCGUGUGGCCAAAUUGUCGAAAAAAUGGCAUGAAGUGCAAAUUGAAUGUUAGCUGCUGCUCGGGCUAUUGCAGCUGGAGCCAGGGCUACAAGUGUGCUGAUAGAGGCAACGAUAAAGAGGAGGAGAGUCUUUGA